GACCUGUCACCUUAUCACGACUGUUCUUAAUUGGGCUUUCAUCGCAAAAACGGCGGCUUCCAAAAAUAAUUUGGUAGUGCAGAAAACGCAGUGGUGACUGGAUUUGGUUUGUGACCGGGUCCGGAAGUAUCAACAGCUAAGAUGGCAGAGGAAUUACCGCCGCCGAUAAGGUUGAUGAAUUUCGUCUCCGAGGAACAGUUGGACGAAUCAAAGAAAACAAGGGGUGAGCGAGUUGAAGAUGGAACUGCCCAGAGAGAUAGGCCGCUCUUUGAGAUAUUAAAAGAGAACAAAGACAAGCGUGAUGCAGAGUUUAACGAGCGAUUCAAGCACAGACCACCCAAAGCCUUGGAUGAAGAUGAGACUGAGUUUCUUGAAAAACUUGAGGCGUCAAGGAGGGAAUAUGAGCAGCAAAUGGCAGAUGAGGACGCCCAACAGCUCCGGAGCUUCCAAGCAGCAGUGGCAGCACAGGCUACCACGCUACCUGAUGCGAAGACAAUGCCUACUGUACCUAUAGUCCAGGAACAGAAACCAAUCGGGAAGAAGAAUUCGGCAUCUCGACCAUUGAGUAUGAUUGUUAAAGUCAAGCCACAGGCAAAGAAAGCAAGGACGGAUGCUGGAAAUGUUGAAGAGGAAACAGACAAGCUGAAACGACCCAGUCCUACCAUGAAUAAGUCUUCCAAUACAAUGAAAAUGUCAAAUGAUUAUGCUGUUGAAUGCCAUUAUGUUGCUAAAAGUGGCUUAGUUUCUUACAGUGACGAAAGUGGAGAUGAUGAUUAGUAUUUUUGCUGUGAAUGCCAUUAUGUUGCUAAAAGUGGCUUAGUUUCCUACAGUGGAGAUGAUGAUUAGUAUUUUUGCUGGGUCGUUAUCUCAAGAAGUUUUCGGUAUUGCUUUCA